AUGGACCCUGGGAAUAGUGAUGCACACACUGGUGGUAGUAAUGAUGCAGAGCCUUCCAAUUUGGGCGGUGGUGAUUUUGAUGUGGUAUUUUGCAGUGUCGCCCAGCAAGUAAUGGCAAAGAUAGCAAGAAAUUCAGGGGAACAUUGCUGCUCACCAGCUCACCAAGGCUGCUCGAUCAAGCAGAUCACUCGUAUGAAUCCCCCAUCGUUCUCAGGAGGAGUCGACCCGUUCGUGGCAGAGAACUGGGUCCAAGAGAUUGAGGAGACAUUUGCAGUUCUCCCUUGCACUGAGGAACAGAAAGUAUCAUUUGCCACCUUUAAGAUAACAGGGGAGGCUAAACGCAGGUGGAAGUCAGUGAGGUUGCUAGAGGAGCAGAGGUCGUAUGUAGCUAGAUUUGUGGAGUUAUCCCAAUUCGCCCCAUACAUGGUACCGGAUGAGGAGAAGAAGGUGAGAAAUUUUGAGGAAGCCCUGAGACAGAGUAUCUAUGAGCAGGUGGGGGAAUUCCAGGUCCAGACCUUCUUAGAGCCAGUUAAUAAAGCCACGGUGAUAGAGACUAGCCUACAGAGAGGUGCUAGGGUGCAGAGUCAGAGGAAGAGGCCCACGCCCCCUAAAUUUCGAGCAGGAACCAACUGA